AAGAAAACCCAGAAAAUAAUACACAAGCCACGAAAAUGGCCGCCGCCGCCCUCUUAGUGGCGGCGCCGCCGCCGUCCAAGGCCAAACCCUUCCAAUUCACACCCAAUUCCCCCAAAUUCACACAGAACAAAACCCUAAAAAAUGAUUUCUUUCCCAAAAGCAAAUUGUCGAAUACGAAAAGGGCGGCGGCGGCGGCGGCGCCAAUUGCGAGUCUAGGAGCAAACCCACCGCCGGAAAACGAGAAAGAUUCUCGGUCCGGCGGAAUCUGGCUCUCCGACGUGGCGGUGAGGCGGAGGAGGAAUAUAUAUAGGGGCAGAGAAUGGAAUUCAUUAGAUAUCGCCACACUCGGGGUGGUGGUAGUUAUGCAUUUGCUCUGUUUUUGGGCUCCGUUAACGUUCAAUCGUAACGCCGUUAGUGUAGCUUUGGGAUUGUACGUAAUGACCGGGCUUUUCGGAAUCACGCUCUCCUUCCAUAGAAAUCUUUCUCACAGAAGUUUCAAGCUUCCCAAAUGGCUCGAGUAUUUCUUCGCAUACUGUGGUGUUCAAGCCCUUCAGGGAAAUCCAAUAGAUUGGGUGAGCACACAUAGGUACCACCAUCAAUUUUGUGACUCGGAAAAAGACCCACACAGCCCCAUUGAAGGCUUUUGGUUUAGUCAUAUGAGUUGGCUUUUCGAUACCAAAGCUAUUGCUCAAAGGUGUGGGGAAAGUAGCAAUGUUGGAGAUUUGGAGAAGCAACCGUUUUAUAAGUUUCUACAAACAACUUAUGUUUUCCAUCCUAUUGCACUUGGUGCUCUACUCUAUGCAUUGGGGGGUUUUCCUUACAUUGUUUGGGGAAUGGGUGUAAGAAUAGUUUGGGUGUACCAUAUCACUUGGCUAGUGAAUUCAGCUUGCCAUGUUUGGGGAAAACAAGCGUGGAACACCGGUGAUCUUUCUCGAAAUAAUUGGUGGGUGGCAAUGCUUGCAUUUGGAGAGGGUUGGCAUAAUAACCACCAUGCAUUUGAAUACUCGGCUAGGCAUGGAUUAGAGUGGUGGCAAAUUGAUUUUACUUGGUAUGUAAUUAGGCUUCUCCUAGCCGUUGGAUUGGCCACCGAUGUUAAAUUGCCCACCACUGCCCAAAAGAAAAAAAUGGAGAAAAAUUGAAAAAUAGUUUGGUGCAAUAAAGUUUUUCUAUUUAUUAAUUGACAUUGUGUAAAUUGCAUAUUUCAAAAAAAAAAAAAAGAAAGAAAAGAAAAAAAAGGUAUUUUAGAAUACCUGUAUCGCUGUACGUUGAAUAUUGUUCUCUCUCUCUCCCACACAUUUCUGGAUACCGAUGCUUGAACCCUUGACCUCUA